ACUUCUUUUUGUCACGGAUCGCUUUCAAAAAUGGGGACUUCUCGAAAUCUUCACUACUUUCUCCUGAUUGUCGGAGGUCUUCUAGUUGUCAGAGUCGAAACAUAUCCCAGAAUACCAGAUUCUCCGCAAGAAUUGGAGAUCACGGAUUUCUCAACAGGAAGACACUUUGAAAUUCUAAAGCUGACCCAGCAGUGGCCGCAGACUAUAUGUUUCACGUUUCAAGAGAAGGGUGCGUCAGAACUUUGCAAAUCACUCAACGAUAGCCGAUGGACAAUCCACGGACUUUGGCCGACACAAUUACAUACUAAGAAGCCCGCAUACUGCGAUAAUAGCGCGAGAUUCAACGCCACGGCGAUAGCGUCAAUAGAAAAAGAACUGAAUGCCACAUGGCCAACUCUAGCCAAGAACAAACCAUCUCAGGCAUUUUGGGAACACGAGUGGGAGAAGCAUGGAACAUGUUCAACAAUGCUUCAACCUGUCAAUACGCAGGAGAAGUACUUCAAAAAGACAAUGCAACUCCGUGACAAGUUCUACGUGAAGAACCUCCUGGAAAAGGUGAAUAUCCUACCAGGACAAUCAUACCCUGUUCAAAACAUUGCCGAUCAGGUCAGUCGGGUUCUGGGAAAACGAUGUGUUAUCAGUUACGUCUGCCAUCCGACGAAGCAUGAGUCGUACCUCGCAGAAAUCCAAAUAUGCUUCGACAAGUCAUUCAAGCUGACCGACUGCGAUGGGAAUAUUGACUAUCCUGAGAAGUGUUCACAUACACGUGAUGUCAUCUAUCCAGAAAGUUCACCAAUUUUCUAACUUUAGUGAAUCUGAUGAUACUUACAUCGAAUAUUUUAAGAAAUAACUAAAUAAAUUAUGUAGACUUUUCGUCAAACUAAAUGACUGCGACUUAGUCAAAUUAAUUUCAUUAUUUUGGCAUUUUGGGGUUCACAUAUCAGCUGCGUCCACGUCACGCACCCUGGGUAACGUUAAAGGCUAGUAAAGUUUGUUAUAAAAGUUGCCAUACCAUGCGUUCUUGAAUUUAAUUUCAAAUUUCAAAUUUAUAAUGUUAACAAUUAUAUACCUCUUGAAGGGAGGAGUUGGAAGGGUUAAGAAUCGUGAAGUUUGAUAUUGGACCUCGCGUUCCCGCUUUGUUGGAUUAAAGUUAUGAGGUAUCUCAAAGAAAUUUAAAUUCAUUUUAGCUAUCUAGAUUGCCCAUAAUUUAAAGUCACGAAUAUUUUGUUUCACCGGCUUUUUCAUUUCCUCAUGUAGGGAAAAAAAUUGGAAAUUUACUGGAAACUUUCUCCUGGGGAUGGCAAGACUUGGAUACCUGAGUCGUUGUAUUAUCUUUAUCUCAUUUUCUCUAUCGAACUUAUUCUGUUGCCUUCCUAGAAGAAAUGAGCGAUUUUGAUAAUAAAGAGAUUUAGAAAAGAAGACCUGGAAAUGUCUUUCAAGCCUACUCCAUUGACAGCUUUGCAUAAAACUAUAACAAUUUAAUUGCACCACUUCGUUACAGAACAUGAAUUUUUCUAGUCCAGUGGAAUUAGUAGUUGUUACUCUCAAAGU